AUGUUAUUGAUAUUAUCUAUCUAUCUAUCUAUCUAUCUAUCUAUCUAUCUAUCUAUCUAUCUAUCUAUCUAUCUCCUCAUUUUUCAUCUAUCUAUCUAUCUAUCUAUCUAUCUCUCUUUUCACCUAUCUAUCUAUAUAUCUAUCUCAUCAUUUCACCCAUCUAUCUAUCUAUCUAUCUCCUCUUUUCACCUAUCUAUCUAUAUAUCUAUCUCAUCAUUUCACCCAUCUAUCUAUCAAUCUAUCUAUCUAUCUAUCUAUCUAUCUAUCUAUCUCCUCUUUUCACCUAUCUAUCUAUAUAUCUAUCUCAUCAUUUCACCCAUCUAUCUAUCUAUCUAUCUAUCUAUCUAUCUAUCUAUCUCAUCAUUUCACCCAUCUAUCUAUCUAUCUAUCUAUCUAUCUAUCUAUCACCUCUUUUCAUAUAUUUAUCUAUCUAUCUCCCCUUUUUACCUUUCUAUCUAUCACCUCUUUUCACCUAUCUAUCUCCUCUUUUCUAUCUAUCUAUCUAUCUAUCUAUCUAUCUAUCUAUCUAUCUAUCAUUUCAACUAUCUAUCAUUUCACCUUUUCAUCUAUCUAACUAUCUAUCUAUCUAUCUAUCACCUCUUUUCAUAUAUUUAUCUAUCUAUCUAUCUAUCUAUCUAUCUAUCUAUCUAUCUAUCUAUCUAUCUAUCUAUCUAUCACCUCUUUUCACCUAUCUAUCUAUCUAUCUAUCUAUCUAACUCACCAUUUCACCCAUCUAUCUAUCUAUCUAUCUAUCUAUCUAUCUAUCUAUCUAUCUAUCUAUCUGUGUCAGUUUUUCACAUCUAUCUAUCCUACUUUCUGUAUUUUCCGCGAGAGUUUCUUAUUUUCUUCAAUCUUUCUCUUUCACUCUCUCUCUCUCUCUAUCAUUCUCUUUCUCCCUUUCUUUCUUUCCCGCUCUCUCUUUCUAUGUUUCCCUUUUUCUUUCUUUCUCUCUCUGUUUCUUACUCUCUCUCUCUCUUUCUCUCUCCUUCUAUCUCUCCUUCUUUCUCUCUCCCCUCUCUCUUUUUCUUUCUCUCUCUUGCUUUUAGUAGGUUCUUUAUUUACAUUAUUUACAUUCGAACUCUUUUCCUCAAUUUUUUAAAAUUAUUUUCUUAUCUUCCCUCUCCUUCUCUCUUUCUUUCAUUCUUUCUUUCUCUUUUGCUCUUUCUUUAUCUCUCUCCCUCUCUCUUUUUUCUCUUUCUUUCUUUCUUUCUUUGUUUCUCUCCCUCCUUCUCUCUCUCUCUCUCUCUCUCUCUCUCUCUCUCUCUCUCUCUCUCUUUCUUAUUAUCUUUUUUAAAAAAAAAUAAUUUUCUCGUUAACGUUUCUUUAUAUUUUUCUUCUUAUUUCUUCUUCUUUUACUUCACUUUAUUCCAUGCCUUCUUUUUUUCUUCUUCUUCUCAGCCAACACCUCAUUCUAUUUCUAUUUUUUAUCUUUGCUUUCACCACAUUCUAUGUCCUCUUCUUCUCCUUCCCCGAUUUCUCUUUCUCCUCCUUCUUUUGUUUCUUCUUCUUUUCAGUAUUUUUCAAUUGCCUUCAUCUCUAGCUGUACCUUUGUCUCCCUUUUAUUCUUCUUCUUCUUUUUCUUCUUUUUCUUCUUCUUCUUACCUGACAGCAUCUCAUUCUACGCCCUCUUCUUCUACUUCUUUGCCUUCACCUCAUUCUAUAGCACUGACGUCUUCUUCUUCUUCUUCUUCUUCUUCUCCUCUGCAACCACUUCAUUCUCUGACUCUUCUUUGA